UAUAAAUGAGUUUGAAUUUUUUACGGAACAACGAAAUGUAAGUUAAUUUUUAGUCAAAGACAGGGUAGAGUAAGAGUGAAUUAUGUAAUAAGGAUGAUCAAGUUUAUUAAAAAAUUUUAUAACAAAAUAAACGAGAUGAGGAUGUUUUGGUAGUUAGCAAUGGAUAAGUUUGUUAUUUCAAUGAAACUUUUGGUUAAUUUAGUAAAAGAAUUUAGAAUAAAGAAGUUCUAACUAUUAAUGUGAUAUCACUCUAAGCCACAUAUACUUAAAUGAAGGAUCUAGAGGAUUUUUAGAAAACUUAUUAACUUCUCUAAUAGGAAUUCAGAAAAGUAGACGAGUAAUUAAAAUAAUUUUAAAAUACAAAAGAAAAAUUUGGAACUGAAACUAUCUAUACUGCUUAUCUUGAGUCUAGAGAUCAAUCUACUUUAAAUUAAGAAGAUUAAAAUAAAUUAAUAAGAAAGCUUUUAGAGGCAUUAGGUUAAGCAAAAAAAAGUUAAAUAGAGGCAUUAAAAAAAACAUAAUAAAAAUAAACUUUAUUUUCAUAAUAAUCAUUAGUCACUUCUGUAAUUGAAACUACUUGCUACUAAGAAAACUGUAAUUUAGAGAAUUCAUCUAUUUCUUAAGCGAUAUCAUCUAUACAAAGUUGUUUUUUCUGUUAAAAAUAUAUAGGUGGAAUCACAAUAUUCUUAAAUUGUUCCCAUGCAUAUCAUGAAGAUUGUUUAUAAUCUUUAUUUUUUAGUCAAUUACAAUUGUAAAUUCCUAUUUUAAGUUGUUUAUGUGGAUAUUCACAAUAAUAAAAGACACUAUAGCAUUUUAGUGAUGUAAAUUUUGGAACUCUAUUAAAAUAAAAAUUAUUAAUAAAUCAAGUGAAGGAGAUAGCAAAAAGGUAUUAAAUUGAGAAGUGCAAGACUGUAGCUUGUAGUUUUUAUUUUAUUUUAGAUAAUAAUAUAUAAAAGAAGGUUGCAUAUUGUCCUUAAUGCUUGUUAGAAAAUUGCAUAUGA